GGGAGCGGAACGGAGCGGGGAGGGGCCGGGCCGGACGCCAUGGCGGGGCGGGCGGCGCUGAGGCGGCGGUGAGCGGGCGGUGGAGGGGUCGGGCGGGAGCCCUGAGGCGGCGAUGAGGGGGCGGUGAAGAGGCAAGGCGGGAGGCCCGCGGCGGCGAUGAGCGGGCUGUGAAGGGGUCGGGCGCGAUGAACGCGUCAGGGCGGCUGCCGGCCGGGCCCGCGGAGCAGCUGGGCGCGAACGGCAGCGGCCCCGCGGAGCUGCGGGAGGGCACCCACGCCGCCACGCUGGCCGCCUGCGCCUCCCUGCUGGCCGUCGUCUUCUGCCUCGGCUCCUACGGCAACCUCAUCGUGCUGCUCUCCUUCUUCGACCCGGCCCUUCGGAAAUUCCGCACCGACUUCGACUUCAUGAUCCUCAACCUCUCCUUCUGUGACCUCUUCAUCUGCGGCGUGGCCGCUCCCAUGUUCGCCUUCGUCCUGUUCUUCGGCCCGGCUCACGGCGUGCCCGGCACCUUCUGCUUCACCUUCCACCUCACCAGCUCCGGUUUCAUCAUCAUGUCGCUCAAGACAGUGGCGGUGAUCGCGCUGCACCGGCUGCGCAUGGUGCUGGGCAAGCACCCGCACCGCGCCGCCUCCGCGCCCUGCUCAAUGCUCCUCACGCUGCUGCUCUGGGCCGCCAGCUUCACCCUGGCCACGCUGGCCACGCUGCGCACCCGCGGCUCCCGCCUCUGCCUGCCCAUGGCCAGCCUGCCCCGAGGACAGGGCAAACUCAUCCUCUACCUCUACAUCACCGACUUCAUCUGCUGCGUGGCCGUCGUGUCCGUGUCCUACGUGAUGAUUGCCCAGGCCCUGCGCAGGAACGCGCAGGCGAGGCAGUGCCCGCCCGCGGUGGCCGUGGGCACCCCCAGGGCCGCGCCCUUCGCGGUGCCCGGGGCCGUGCCCGCCCUGUACAGGAGCCAGAGCUGCACCAAGCCACCCCAUGGCCAUGCCAAGCUGGCCAGCCGGCUCCCACUGGCCUCGGCCGUCAACCUGGCCACGGUCAAAGACUCCAAGGCAGUGGUGACGUGCGUGGUCAUCGUGCUCUCCGUCCUGGUGUGCUGCCUGCCCCUGGCCAUCUCCUUGGUGCAGGACAUGCUGUCCGGCAGCGGUGGCUUUGUGCUCUACCAGUUUGAGCUGUGUGGGUUUACCCUCAUCUUUUUCAAAUCAGGAUUAAAUCCCUUUAUAUAUUCCCGCAACAGCGCGGGGCUGCGGAGACGUGUGCUCUGGUGCCUGCAGUACGUGGCCCUGGUCUUUUUCUGCUGCAAGCACAAGACGAGGCUUCGAGCCAUGGGCAAAGGCAGCCUGGAGGUCAACAGGAACAAGUCGUCCCACCACGAGACCAACUCAGCCUACGUGUUGUCUCCAAAGCCUCAGAAGAAGGGAUUGGAGCAGGCGUGCGGUGCCAGCCACUCCAAGGACAGCGUGCUGAGUCCCAAGGCGUCCGCGGGGCAGCAGCACUACGGGCAGAGCAGCUCCACCCCGAUGAACACGCGGAUCGAGCCCUACUACAGCGUGUACAACAGCAGCCCCUCGGCGGAGGUGAGCACCCCGCACAGCCUGCAGCCCGCGGGCUCCGCCUUCGCCAAGCCGUGCGGCCCCGCGCUCCAUCACUCCAGCAGCGCGGGGCGGGACUGCAGCGCUGCUCCCGCCAGGCACAUUCCGCUGCCCGCUGUGUAGCCUUGGCUCCACCCGGCCAUUUCAGGGGGUCCCCUGCGCUGCUUUGGGGAGGAAUUGCUCCAAACUCCGUGAUACUGCUGCCUGUGAAUAGGAACACCAGGCCCGUUUGCGCUUGAAGCAAAUGCGGAGCUGUCGCCUCCGUGACGCGCUCUGGAGUUCCCGUGGAGAGCCAGCAAGGGGGAUAUUUUAGAUUUGGAAUUGUUGCACGAAGGUGGUUUUGUUACUAAAUUUUACUGCUAGGCAAGUAAAAAAACACCUAGAUGCCAUGAUUAUGUGGUUUAUUAUGUCAUAAGGCCAGGUUGGACAGGGCUCAAAGUAACCUGGGAUAGGAGGUGUCCCAGCUUAUGGCAGGGGAUGGAACUGGAUCAUCUUUAAGGUCCCUUCAAACCUAAACCAUUCUGUGAUAACGCCAAAUAUUAUAAAUACCUAUAAAUAGUAUUUUCAGGAAAGAAGAAUUGGGGAGAUGCUUGGUAGUGUUUGAAUUUAAACUCUUCCCGUUGCAGAAGGUUGGAAGAAUCAAUGUUUUUCAGUAAUAACAAAAGUCCUUUAUCUUCAUGGGGUGGAACCCUGGUUCUGUUGAGAUAAAUGGCAAAAUUUCUAUGAACUCAGCUAAAGUUCAGGACUUAAUUUUUCACUUCUUCAAGUUGGGAUAAGGCUUUUUUUGGUCAGUGUUAUAUUUCCACUGGGGAAGGACCUUUGGGAAGUGUGGCACUGGGAUAAACCUCUGCAAUAUGUACAUUAAUAUCUGCUGGGCAUUGAUUUUAAUGAUGGUGGCAUUCUGUAUCCCAAAAUAAUUUGGAGAAGUGUUUUAUGUCUGAUAGAAAUAACCAGACACUACCUAAUUAUUUGCAUUACUUGAGGAUAAAGGUGAAUUUUGCAAUAUUAUGUGACUGAUACACCAGGAGCAGCACAGUCACCUCUGGAAUUCCCUAACUGGUCAGCUGUCAGGCACAGAGUCAUGUUGCUGCUUGCUCUUUUGCCCAUGACUUUGUAUAAAUUGGGAUUUGGCUAUUCCUGACAGGCAGAACUGGCAGCUGUCUAAAACCAGAAUGACCAGUUUUUGAGGUUUUCUUAAAUCUAACAUCAGUUUGAUUUCAUCUGUCUGCUUAGAAAUUUUGUCUGGUGGUCUACACAGCAAGCAAAUAACAGAAGUUAAGUAUUUUUUUUAUAAAUUCACACAUCUGUGUUAUAUUUUAGUGUGGGAAUUCCCUGGCAGACAAAACAAUUCAGGGGCAUUUAAAUUCAUGACAUUUAUUCCUCUAAGUGGCCAGAUCUCUUCUAAACAAACAAUCACCUUUCAGCUUCUGUGGACUUAAGCAGAGCCUCAGUGUCUCCAAAAUAAUUGUGCCACAGGCUUUUGAUGCCUUGCUAUAGGAAAGUGCCAGAUCUUCAGGAAAAUGACAAUAAUGGGAAUGUGAUUUGUUACUUUAGAAACAAAAAAUGUCCACAUCAUUUCUGAUCAUUUCUGAUCGCAUCAUUCUGAUCACAGAUCAUUUCUGUCUGUGAGUUGUUGGUUCAGACUUUUUGUUAACUAAAUUCAAGAUUCUCCUGAAACACUGUUCUUUGUUUAACACUGAAUAUGAAUUAAUUCUGAAUAAUUCAAACCAGCUUUCUUGCAAUAAUAUCAGUGUGAGCAACUUUCUAAUACAAAUGUAAAAUAGAAAUUAUUUCCAUAAGUCUUUUCUCUCUGCCCAGAUUUUUUUAUCUCUAAACAAAUAAUGUGGUUCUUUCUAAACUAAGCAUAAAAGAUAAUGAAAAGAUCUUGUUUGACUGGUUUGUAUCUGAAUUUUUCUUCAGUGUAAAUUGUACUGGAGGGAAAAAUAUACAUGAGACAGUUUUGGGGGUUUGCUCUGUGUAUGUGCAACUUUUCCUGUGCCUUUAGAUCACAUGAACUUCAUCACGUGUUUCAAAAUUAAACCACUCACACCUCAUAAAACAUCUGCAUUGAGUAUUCACGUAGGAGUAACGCAAGAAGGGGCCAAGCAGGAGGUUUUAUUGCCUUUAUGUGACAAAAGAACUGAAGUCCCAUCAAAGCUCUUUGUAAUUUGCUCUGUGUUAACUCCUGGUGCCAGCUGUGCCCUUAACACCACCUGUGUAAUUAAUAUUGGUGUUAAUCUGUACAGUAUCAUAGAUAAGAAAGUGUAACACCUUUUAAUCGGCAGGAUGAACAAAACCUCAUUUAAGUUGCCAGCUGUACUAAAUAGUUGUUCUGUGGGAGGUGUAGUAAAUCAAGAUUGGAUUUUGAAAGCAGUUAUUGGAUUUUGCAGUGAAUCAUGGACUGAAAUAAUCAAUUUUUUGAUAAAAUAAUUGGUUUAGACUCUUCUGGAGUAUAACUUAUUGUUUUUUUCCCUUAGCCUCUUCUGUCAGAAGCCUGCUGGGCACAGAACCAGUAAAGAACCAGUCAAGAGCCACUGCAAAGUUAACAAGCAGCAAUGGAAUUGAGGGGGAAGCAGUGGAAUACAGAGGUGGGAGAUGUGUGGGAAGAGAGGAAGUGAGAAAUGUGACCACUGAGUGCUUUAGAAAGAGGAAAGCAUAAAGGCUAUUAGAAAAACAAUUGAUUAAUUACUUGGGGUUCAUUAAUCUCAUUAACAAGUGACUUCUGGUUGCUUAAAUGAACAAAAAUAUUUGUAAUGUUUUUCUAAUUCACAGUCUUUUAAGCCCUAGAUCUCUGUGGUGAAAAGAGCUGGCUUUUUCAGCUGCUGGCCUGCAGGAUUGUGGGUUUUAUCCUAAUACAUAAAACCUCAAAGCUCAUGAUGCCAAAUCAUUUUGCUAAGGAAAGGUGGGUUUGCAUUGAGUUCCAAGGGGUCUCUGUCAAUGGAGAUUUUUGUUGCAUGUUCCCCCUUUUGGCAGCAAAUAGGGUGGUAUUGGUCUUAUUUUGUCACAGCAGAGCCAAUUCCUUUUCAGAGUCUGUAUUCCAAAUAUGCUGCAUUCCUGGAUGUGGUAUUUUCUACUGGGAAGUUUUUGUGUUUGCUCCUCACAGGAGCAAGUCCAAGUCUUGCUAAACCAAAUAAUUUGUCCUCACCUGGUGUUUAUUUUCUGUCACAUUCUGUUGAUUUCCCUUGAAUGUUGGAUCAGCUGAAUUUCUUUUGUUUUUUCCCAAGCACAAUAAACAAAAUUGUCAAGUGGCACUAGGUAAGAGCAAGGACCAUGCAGAGGUAGCACUGAAUCCAUUGGAAAUGGGUCAGGGUGAUUAGAUAAGGUGGAACUUAACUAAAUCUA